AUGUCACGAAUGAUACGUAUUCUUUCCAAUCGACUUCCAAGAUUACAGAAAGAAGAAGAACCUGAAUCAGUGUUAAUUACCACAAUGAAGAGAGGAGUGUUGUUAAUACAACAAGGUGAAUUACAAAAGUCAGAACAAAUGCUUCACAUAGCACUUAAACUUGCCCAAGAACAACAAAACAGCGAUGCAAUCACAUACAUUUAUGACUUGUUGGCAAAUGUAGCCUUAGAGGCUCAUGACUUACCCAAAGCUGAGAAAUUAUUUGUUACUGUGCUACAACGGUUGCUGUCAGCAGGUUGUGCAGAAGAUGACAACAAAGUUUUACACAUCAGUCUAAAACUUGCCAGUAUAUAUAAAGAAAAAGGAAAUAAAAUAAAAGCAGAAGAAGGCUUCAAAUUCUGUGAGAAUCACUUGCAAAAGAAAGUAGAGAGAGGUAGUGUUGAUGAUGACACAUUGCUGCUUUGGGCAAUGACCCUGGACUGGUAUGCAAGAUUUGCUAUGGAUCAAAAUCGAUUCAAAGAAGCUUUCGCAUUUUUUGAGAAGGCCUAUGAAACUUCUCUUCGUGUCAAUGGCUUAGUGCAUGAGCAAAAUGUUAUACUUCUCAAUGACUUAGGAACUCUGUGUUGUUUACAAAAUAAUUAUGAUGAAGCAAUAAAAUACCUCAACCAAGCUAUUGAUAUCACCAAAAAAAUACCAGAUAUGGAAGAAGCUGCUGCUGUUUAUGUCAAUCUUGGCACUGUCUAUAUGAAAAGAAAAAUGUUUGAAGAAGCUAAACAAGCUUGCAAGGAAGGCUGGCGAAACGCAAAGCAGAAGAAUGACAAAGAAACACUAGAAGAGGCGAACCUUUGUUUAGAAGAACUGAAAACUCUUUACGCAGCUCAGGGUGCUAAUACCUGAAAUAAGCAUGUAUAUGUCUCUUAAUAUUAUCACUGAAAUAUGUAAAUUUCAUUACUUCAGCUAGAAAAUUAUUGAACAUAAUGAAACAAAAUAUUUGUUUUAUUUUACAAUUUAUUUAAGAAAUAUA